AUGGAUCUGCUGCGGCAAUAUGAAGCAAGCGAUGAUGACGAGGAUGCUGGAGCGGGAGGAUCGGAUUCACAAAUUCAGAUGAAUACACUUAAGCCAGUCACAUUUGAAUCGUGCAAAACAUUAGCAAUUCCAAAAUCAGGCCUUGAACUAGCACCGGACGUCAUAACAACGCACAAUAUUGGCGGUGUUUUAUGCGUUGAUCCACAUGCAAAAGAGCUCGACUACAAUCCGAAGUAUGAAGAACUCUUCCAACCUAUCGCCGGACCGAGCAACCCAUUCAAAUCAGCCAGUCAGAAUGCAAACAAGAACACACUGACUGGAUAUGUGGAACCGGCACAUGUGGAUAAGUUUCAAUUCGAUCAACAGAUUCGGUCGUUUGAUACGCUGGGAUAUGCUCGCGAUCCAUCUGCUGACCAUAGCGCGAAUUUCAUUGGAAAUGUGGAGAAAGCUACUGAGAAACUGGGAGCAAGUUUAUUCGAAGGUGAAAAAACUGGUGGAGAGAAGAGGAGGAGAGCCAGAAAUAUGGACUCGAGCGACGUGAAUGGUUAUACCGGUCCUUGGGCGAGGUUCGAGGAUGAAGAAACUGUUUCAAGACCUCAAGGAGAGCUAGCCAAAGAACUGGAAGAAAUUGUACGCAAACGUCUAAAGACAAGUCGUGCAGGAAGAAGAGCUGCCGAACAGCAACAACAAGGCAACUUCGAUGAGUCAUCCACUCUACACUUGAAAGAACCAGAAGAUUAUCAAGGACGUUCGUUUAUGCAUGCACCACAGUACAUUGGUGUUAAUCUGCGUGAUGAUCACGUACCCGAACGGUGUUUCAUUCCAAAGAAGCAGGUGUAUGUGUAUCGAGGCCAUAACAAGGGUAUCAACUGUGUUCGAUGGUUCCCUAGGAGUGCACAUCUUUUCAUCAGUGCAUCGAUGGAUAGUAAGGUUAAAUUAUGGGAAGUUUACGGAAAGAGGAGUGUGGUACGAACAUAUGCGGGGCAUAAAAUGUCGGUGAAAGAUGUGACAUUCAAUAAUGAUGGCCAAGAAUUUUUGACUGCAUCCUUUGAUCGCUUCAUCAAACUUUGGGAUACUGAAACGGGUCAGGUAAAGCAGCGCUUCCAUACGGGACAUAUUCCAUUCUGUGUGAAAUACAAUCCGGAUGAAGAUAAGCAGAAUAUGUUCUUGUCGGGAAUGCAGAACAAGAAGAUUUUACAGUGGGAUACGAGGAGCGGUGAAAUAGUUCAGGAGUACGAUCGGCAUCUGGGUAUUGUGAAUUCGAUAACUUUCUUCGACAAGAAUCGACGUUUCUGUUCAACUUCAGACGAUAAGUCAAUCCGAAUUUGGGAAUGGGAGAUUCCUGUAGACACGAAAUUGAUUCAGAAUGCUGGUUUACAUUCCAUACCGACAAUGACCAAGUCGCCAACUGAAGAUUUCGAAAUCGAAUUUGCAGAGAAAUGGAUUGUUGGACAGUCAAUGGACAAUCGCAUUGUACUGUUUCAACUGAUCGAUGAUAAACUUCGAUUUGCAAAGAAAAAAGCUUUCAAGGGCCAUAACGUUGCUGGAUAUGCGUGCUCUGUGGACUUCUCACCAGAUAUGAGUUUCUUAACGUCUGGCGAUGCAGACGGUAAGGUGUUCAUAUGGGAUUGGCGAAAUCACAAGAUAGUGGCUCGUUGGAAAGCGCAUAAUGAGUGUGUUAUAUCGACGUUAUGGCAUCCACACGAGACGUCACGAAUGAUCACAGCGAGUUGGGAUAGUUCGAUCAAGAUGUGGGCAUAA